AUGAAGAAAGAUGUUGUUUUGUGGACGGCCAUGAUUGAUGGUUAUGGCAAAAUAGGGGAUGUUGAAAGUGCGAGAGAGCUGUUUGAUGAAAUGCCUGACAGAAAUGUUGUGUCGUGGAGUGCAAUGAUGGCAGCUUAUUCUCGUGUUAAUGACUUUAAGGAAGUGCUGGCUUUGUUUUUAGAGAUGCAGAAUGAAGGCAUGAAGCCGAAUGCCUCUGUACUUGUUACUGUGCUUACUGCAUGUGCGCAUCUGGGUGCACUUACUCAGGGAAUGUGGGUACAUUCCUAUGCAAGGCAAUUCGAGAGGAUAAGCUCGAAUCCCAUCCUUGCGACGGCUUUUGUUGACAUGUAUUCAAAGUGUGGAUGUGUGGAAUCGGCUUUGGAUGUUUUUUAUGGUAUUUAUGAUAAGGAUGUUGGAGCUUGGAAUGCUAUGAUUUCUGGUGUGGCCUUGAAUGGGGAUGCCAGGAAAUCGUUGAAGUUGUUUCAACAAAUGGUUGUUUCUGGAAGUCGCCCUAAUGAGACUACCUUUGUGGCUGUCCUUACUGCUUGUACACAUGCGGGGAUGGUUCAGGAAGGUCUUCGGUUAUUUGAAGAGAUGAGUGGAACUUACAGAGUUGAGCCGUGUGCGGAGCAUUACGCGUGUGUUGUGGACCUUUUGUCUAGGGCUGGCAUGGUGGUGGAAGCCGAGAGGUUUAUUGAGGAGAAGAUGGGUGGAUUUGCAGCUGGCGAUGCUAAUGUGUGGGGUGCUAUACUGAAUGCGUGUAGAAUUCAUAAGAAUAUUAAUGUUGGGAACAGAGUGUGGAAAAAGCUGAUUAAUAUGGGAGUAGCUGAUUGUGGUACUCAUGUUCUUACGUAUAACAUAUAUAGAGAAGCUGGAUGGGAUGCAGAGGCAAGCAGAGUUAGGAGUAUGAUUUCAGAAGCAGGGAUGAAGAAGAAACCUGGAUGCAGCAUUAUAGAGGUGGGGAAUGAAGUUGAAGAGUUUCUUGCUGGUGACCAGUCUCAUCCACAAGCACUGGAAAUGUGCAGGUUGCUUGAUUCAAUUCUCAAGAUGGACAAUUUAGAGCACAUCUAG